ACUCUGAUGCAGUAACCUCAAAGUCCAGUUUGUUUAUCUAAACAAAACAGCAAAAUAAUUAAGAACCUUUUCAACUUUCUCAAAGUCCUUUAGUUAAUUUCUUUAAGUAUUAACAAGAGAAGCUAAUGAUGUCGGGAUCUUCGGACGUAAAUCUAAAGCAAAGUUUGAGGAAAUUGGAAUAUCCAUUAUGCGCACACGAAGCGUUGAAAAAAAUAGUUGAGUUAUUGACUGCUCGGGUUACGAACAUUAAAAACAUGGAUCUUUCACUUGAUUUAAUGGCAGAAUUUGUAUUCUUCGAAGUCGAUAGACGUGGAAAUAAGAGACCAACUGGUCUAUCACCUUUAGUGGAACUUCAGUUGUUGGAAAUCCUUUUUGAGUUCCUAAAUAACACUCAAAGCGAAGUCACUCGGAACACUUUGUUUUUUAAUUUAUUCAGUGCCAUCACGAUAAAUAUGCGUGUGGGAAUUUUGGGUAAACUAGUUUCAUUAGCUAUAGGAAUACCAAGUUCGAUAAUUUUAAUUUCCGCUAGUACCUGGAUGCAACAAAUAGGUAAUACCUCACCGUCAAGUUGUAAGCUAGUUGAAGCUCUAGUGUUUGAUUACGCUCAUCUAGCGCCCAAUCUGCAAGAUAAGAUGAAGGAUUUGCCAAAAAUUGCUCCUGAAUUUACUGCAAACUUUUUAACGGGAGUGGCUGAAAAUUAUUAUGUUCCUAAGAAGAAUCCGAUGUUUCCUCCUGAAGUUCUAUUAAAGUAUGCAGCUGACUGGUUAACAGAAAAUUGCACAUUGUGCUUGGCACCUCAAGCGAAAGCUCCCCUUUUACCUCCAGGCGCUAUUGCAAUGGAAGCAACUACUCCAAUAGCAGGAUUACUGCGGUGGUGUAUUUUAGCUCCGAUCUAUGAGCAGGAUCAAGACGUUUACACAAAACUCUACUUGGCACUUUUAAAUAGUAUUGCCGAAAUACCGACCGCAAACGCUCCGAGAGUUAUAAAUGUGCAACAUUUGACGGCAACUGUUAAUCUAUUGCAUAAUUACGUUAAAACUAGAGAGUCUAAUGUGAGUGUUCUGGUUGAUCCAGCUCUACAAUUAGCCCUCGAUAGAUUUGGGCAGGCAAUACAAGUUGCAUUGAGUGUUAAUGCGAUUUACGGUCAUUUAAACGAACUGUUUAAUAGUUUGCAGAAGCUACCGUUUAAUAAGUUGAUCAGCAUUGUUUUGAAUAAGUAUAAAUUGAGUAAAAGUACGCCUAUUAUUAUUGUUUAGUAGGUAGUUAAAAUGAAUUAGGAGAUUUGUUAUCUCUGUUUUUUGUAUUUUACGCUAUCGACCUUAAUUCGGUUUGAUAAACUGACCGUAACGAUGUAUUAUUUAUAUUGCCUUCCAUUUUGCUGCUCAUCUUUAAAUUGUAAUGAAUAAAAAUUGAUUUUCAYAGUUA